AACGGUUCCUGGGGGAGGGGAAGCGGCAUUCGGCGGUUACGCGGGGCGGAGGGGGGAGAGGGUGGGGCGGACGCUUUCAAGGCUCUGUCGUUCUUUGGCUGGGAGUGGUGGCUCGGCCGCUCCAUUAAUGGGGUGAAUUAAGGAAAUUAGAAGGCGAGGGAGCGACAAAAGAGGUAUUUUUAGGCGUGCGCGAUCGCAAAAGAGCGAGCUUGGUGACAGAGGAGGGUUGGAGAGACGAGCGCGUGGUUCUGGGAGUCGAGGUCUCUCAUGGCGUUUGAAUCGGGGUCUCCGGCGAGCCGGCCGGGCGAGAGGCCGGACGGAGGGUCGGGAGAGGAAGGGCUGUACGAGGAGCUAUGGAGGGCGUGCGCAGGACCGCUGGUGGAGGUCCCGCUGCUGCACGAGAGGGUGUUCUACUUCCCACAGGGGCAUAUGGAGCAGCGGUGGUUCUGUGAUCCUUUGCAGUUGGUGCCGUCCACGGAUCAGGAGUCGGACCAGCAGAUUCCCCUGUUCAAUCUUCCUUCGAAGAUACUCUGCCGCGUUGUUAACAUCGAACUGAGGGCCGAGCCCGAAACGGAUGAAGUCUAUGCGCAAAUCACUUUACUCCCGGAAGCGGAUCAAAGCGAGCCUACAAGUCCUGAUCCCUGUCUCCCAGAGCCACUGAGACCGUCGGUCCACUCAUUCUGUAAGAUUCUGACAGCAUCGGACACGAGCACUCAUGGGGGGUUCUCGGUUCUUCGGCGACAUGCCACCGAAUGCCUUCCUCCUCUUGAUAUGUCGCAGCCAACCCCAACUCGGGAGCUCGCCGCCAAGGAUCUCCAUGGUUUUGAAUGGCGAUUCAAGCACAUCUUUAGAGGUCAACCACGGAGGCAUUUGCUAACCACUGGCUGGAGUACGUACGUUACUUGUAAGAGAUUAGUCGCUGGUGAUGUAUUCAUCUUUAUGAGAGGGGAAAAUGAAGAACUGCAUGUUGGAGUGAGACGCCUCGCUCGACAGCAGAAUACAAUUCCAUCUUCUGUGAUCUCAAGUCAGAGCAUGCACCUUGGAGUGCUUGCCACUGCGUCCCAUGCUGUCUCGACUCACUCUCUUUUCACAGUAUUCUACAAGCCCAGGAUCAGUCAAUUUAUCGUUCGUGUCAACAAGUAUUUGGAGGCAUUUAAAAAUGGAUUCGCAGUCGGGAUGAGAUUUAAGAUGAGAUUCGAGGGAGAAGAUGUUCCAGAGAAAAGGGUUACUGGGACCAUAACUGGAGUUGGAGAUAUUUCUUCUCAGUGGGCAAGUUCUAAGUGGAGAUCAUUGAAGGUACAAUGGGAUGAAGCCAGCAACAUUCAGAGACCGGAAAGGAUUUCGCCAUGGGAUAUAGAGCCUUUAACUGGUCCUAUGACUGCCUUAAGUGUAAGUCAACCAGUGUUUAUGAAGAAUAAAAGAUCCCGCUCGUCCUGGGAUCUCUCAGGCUUCGAAGCUUAUUCAGGAUUCCGGUACACAGGAAAAACGCAGUCACUGGAAGUAGGUGCCCCUGAUGCCCAGACCUCUGAGACACAAGUUCUCUUGCCGCAGAGACCAAAAGAAAGCAAUGACUCUAAUUUCUUAAAAAGCCAUAGCCCGCACGACACAAUAUUAGCAGAUUGCUGGUUGAAGGAUCUCCAAUCUCCGGUAAAGAGUUCAUCAUCUUCGAUGACAGAUGUUUCUCUGAAGCUGUUUGAGGGUGCGAAAGGAGAGACAAAGGCCAUCGACCCGUCAUGGCCGCAUUUAUCUAGCUGCCUGAAUGAGAAGCCUUCACUGUGGUUGUGUAGCAACAUAGAAAAAUGGAAGAAACCCGAGAGCAGCAGCACUUGUAGGUUAUUUGGGAUUGAUUUGGUCAAUCCCUCCAGCAGCAUUGAGAGGGCAACUGCUGGCACGAUCAGCCUAUCAAGUGCCACCGAUGAGGAUCCUCUUCAGGCCACCACCGCAACUCUUGAAGACUCGGACCGGCAUUCAGGGCUUUCAAAAGCUCCCAAAGAGCCGAUACAAGGGUUGCAAGUAUUUCCAAAGGAGAUCCAAAACAACCAGAACUGUUCUACCAGAAGCCGCACCAAGGUUCACAUGCAAGGAAUUGCGGUCGGUCGAGCUGUUGAUCUGACAUACUUGGAAGGCUAUGAUGACUUGAUACUGGAGCUGGAGCAGAUGUUCGAGAUCGAAGGAGAGCUACACCAUCGGAACAAAUGGGAAGUGGUGUAUACUGAUGAUGAGGGUGACAUGAUGCUAGUGGGUGAUGAUCCCUGGCCAGAAUUCUGUAAGAUGGUGAAGAAGAUAUCCAUCUAUACAAGUGAAGAGGUGAAGAAGAUGAGGCCCAGGAGCAAGUUUCCUGAAGCUCCAACAUCAGAGGGUGAAGGAGGAGGUGGUGGGGCUGCUCGUGCUGCUGCUCUCGAAGAGCCCAAAAUUGAAAGCAUCCAGAACUGAACGGUAGUGGGGUUUCAACUUUAGUCUUUGAUUUUCCUUGUCAUUCUCUCGGCAGGGAGUUUUCUGACUCAACAUCAGAAAGGACUUUAUCAUGCGUGGCAAAUAUCAACAAUAAUCUUGCUAAUUUGCCGCUUUUUUUUUUCAGAGCCUAAAAAAUAAUUUGGGAAAAGGUGAAGGAUUAAAUAAAUGAAGAUGUUGAUGAUUGGAUACUUUCAGCAGCAUUUAGGUCUUUAAGAGUUUUUAGAGAGAGGAGGUGUGGUUGGGCGACAAAAGAGAGGUGGGAAAGAAAAGUGGAAGGAAUGAUUUGGUUGUGAAUAUUAUGAUCUUCUGGUGCUGUCUGGGAUUAAUUUAUGGGCAUGCUGUCCUUUUUUUUAAUAUUUUUCUCUUCCUUUUCUUGAUUCCUCUACGAAGAAUAAGCUAUGUAAAUAUAUGAGUACUUUUUUGGGUGCAGCAUCUUUUACUAGUGUUUUUGACCAUUCAUAAAA